AUGUCUGAGCUGAUUGACUAUUCUGCAAUAGCAAGUGAACUUGUAAUGAAUUCGAUAGAUGCAAAUGCCCAAAAUAUUACAGUUACCCUAGAUCUAUUGCUAAACCAGAUACUUGUCACAGAUGAUGGAGAAGGAAUUCAAAACUUAAAUGCCGUAUUUAUCAAAGGAGGAAAUACGAACUUAAAUGGAGUUUACAAGCGUAAUAAAUCACAUCUUUCUCGUUUAAUAUCAAUUUGCGAUGUAGAUAUUUUAUCUAAAACAAAAGAUGGUAAAAUUCAACGAAAGACAUUUGGAGAUGAGCACUAUAUCGAUAAUUACUAUGAAUCAGGUACAACAAUCUUACUUACAAAGAUUUUUUCAAACAAUUUAAUAAGAAUCAAAGAAUUUACAGAUCCGAAGAACAAAUUAUCAUUAAUCAACAGAUUCAAACGAUUUAUCUGCACAAUCUCAUUACGAUUUCCUCAUAUUUCGUUCAUAAUAUUCAGUUCUUGUCAAAAUCAAAUUUUGAAUCUUCCGAAAGUUGAAUCUCUUGAGAAAAGAUUCAUCCAGAUCACAGGUGUCAAGCCACAGAUCCUUCCCGAUGGGAAAAUCAUGUCAUUUGUUGAUUUCUCAUUGAAUUCUUUUGAAAAUUUUUUGGUAAAUGAUUUUCCAUGCAACAGAUUAUUUCUCGGUUACGAAGAAGUGAAAAUAAACGAAAAAUGUAUCCAAGUAAAAGAAGGGUCUGUAAUAGACUAUAUUUGGGAUAGAGACGGUUUGACAGUGAUGUUGUCAAAUGAAAAUCAAAAAGUGACAAAAAAUUUUGACACCAAUGAAGUUGGUGAUGUAGUUAUAAGGAAUUUGGAAUAUGUAUGUGUUUGGGAUCGAAAAUUUAUUCUCGCGACAUUUCAGAAUAAAUUAUAUUCAAUUGAUCAACAUGCAGCACAUGAAAGGAUUAAUUUGAGUAAAUUGAUGAAGAGGUGCUUCACAGAAAGGUAUCCGAAAACUCUAAAGAGGCCUAUGAUGAUCCAUGAAUCAUUUGGAAUUUCAUUUAACGAAAAAUCGUAUGAAUGCUUGAGAAAAUGGGGCUGGAGAUUCAAUUGUAAAGAGGUUACGGCUGUUCCUUGCGUUUGUGGCGUGGAAAUCGAUGAUGCAGAUGGAAUGAUAAAAUAUGCAAUACAAUGCUCAACAGGAAACGAGCCGGAGAUACCUGAUUGCAUAUUGGACGCUUUAAGAACAAGAGCUUGCAAAACUGCCAUUAAAUUUGGUGAAUUUAUUGAUGAAAUUCGGGCAAAAAGUCUGAUUUACGAGCUAUCGAUCUCUGAUAGGCCAAAUCACUGUGCGCAUGGAAGAACAGUUGUCGCUCCGAUUCUUGAUUUCGAUCGCCCCUUCUCUAAAUUCGAUGGAAUCUGA